UUACGCAUGCGCACUUUAUUACCGUAUACGCAAAGGUUUUUCUUAUUGUGCACGAGCAUUCGCCGUGCUGCUGCUGGAAAAUAGCGACCUACGCGACCCCGGGAGAGCGUCCGCCGGUUGGUCUCGCUCCCUCGAGGGAAGCCAUCAUCGACCAGUAUGGGGACGAGAUGGACGAGGCUCUAGUCGGGCCGGUGUACCUUCGGCUGGACGACCCGGCCUUCCGCUCCUACGUCAAGUACGCCAACCAAACAUACGAGGAAGAAGAGGCCGGGGAUGAAGAGCUAGGCCUCGACCUCUCCGCUCCACCGCCAGAGUCGUGGUUUCAUGGUCGCAUUAGUCGGCAGACGGCAUCCUCUAGACUCCACGACCUGCUGGGGGAGCAGGGGGUGUAGCUGGUGAGAGAGAGUGAGACUCAGCCGGGGACUAUGCCACUCGUACCUCAGCCGUACCGGCUACGUCCACCACUCAAGAUCAACUCCAACUGUGCGACUACUUCAUCGGAGGACGGCAUAGUUCAUGUCUCUCUCGGAGCUCAUGGGUUCUACUCAAACUGCUCCUGCAUCUUGGAGAUGAGAGUCUGGAGUACCUGUCUGUUCCUCACGGUAUUGUAGAUGUUCAUUACGUAUUACGUGUAUCGUCACACUAGUGUACACGAGGUGUGGUGCCUGCAGUAUUGAAUGUGGGGAGCGGUUGUGUGUCCUGCGAGUCGGUCGGCAUGCUUGAAUGAGACUGGGGCUGGGGUCACUCCCAGCGGUCGGGGAGAGCGGACUCAUCCUCUCAUGAUCGUGAGGAUGUGACUGAUGAGGAUCCCAACCUGGGCAAAGUGUGGUUCCAUGACUCCAUCUCCAGAGAAGAGGUCGUGGACCUACUCACUCACAGUGAGACAUAUAGGCAGUUUUCUGGUGAGACUGUCCAGUGUGGAGAAAUCAGAGAGACACUACUCCCUCUCUGUCAAAACUCGAGAUAAGGUGCAGAGAUUCCGCAUCACCAGGUACGACACAGGAUACUACAUAUUUGGAGGGAGACCGUUCAGUAGUAUGGAUGAUGUUGUUGACAGAUACAGGAGUGAGGUCAUCAUUGAUGGAAUCACACUAGGAGCACCAAUCAUCCAGACUGUGAGGCCAGUGGGUCGGCAGGCAAUGACAGUCACCUCUCCACGAGACAGGACCAACAGUAUCAUCCUGACACAGGCACACAGACAGGGAGAAAAGACCGGACUACUCCUCCUCAGGAAAGGGAAGAAGAGUCCAGUCUAUGGCAAAUGGAAGGAGUUUUAUUUCGUCAUAAAAUACGGAGAACAGAAACUGCUCUACUACGAGCGAGAGGACAGUCAUAAAGCCAAGGGACUUUUGGAUUUGAGACAGUGUCAAACCUUUGCCGUGGAUCCCACCCUCUAUGGCAGGAAUGGUGUAUUUAUGGUGAUGUUGAAAUAUCUCAAUGAGCUGUCGUUCUACUACUUUGCUGCUCAGACUGAGGAACUAGCACAGGUGUGGCUACGUGUUAUGAAGAGACACACUCUCAAGACCCCAGACACGACCAAGACAGAGGUGCAGCAGAUCCGCUCUCUCUCGCUGUCCAUUCGAGACAACAAGCUGGCCAAAUCCAGUGGCCACUCCAAUGUCUACUGCCUGGUGUUCCUGGACGGAGCCGCCCUCGCCAAGACCAUCCUCAUGCAGGUCCCCUGCAUCUUUGACGAGAGCUACCUCUUCCAGGAUCUCCUCCUCUCCACCACCUCGUUCUCAGUGGAAUUACUGAGUGCCUCAAAGAGAGCAUACAUCAAAGACUCCAGCAUUGGUCGUGUGACAAUUCAACUGUCGGACAUGCCCAAUGGGCAGGAUGAUGACAAGUGGCACCAUCUCAUGACAAAGGGCUCAAGAACUGCACAAGGCUCCCUCAAACUGGUGGCCAACUUCAAGGUAUUUUACAUUACAUUGAUUAUGUUUCACAGAACGACCUGUUACUGUCAGACAAUCUGACAGUCAUAGAAGCACUGGCCACUGUGUGCAAAGAUCAUCAUGCUGAGCUGGCGUGUGCUCUCAUACAAAUCUUCUGCCACUAUAAAACGCUUGUCUAGCAAAAUCCCAUUAAAAAAGAAGGCAAGUCUAUCAUUAAUUGUAAGUAUACUUGGUUGACUAGGAUCCUGCAUACUCUAUGAAUUAUAUCUACUAACACUAGUUAGAAAAACCUUUUUGGCCAAGCGUGUUGACUGCUCUGCAGUCCUCAUCAGUGGCAAAAGUACAAAAAGUAGGCAAUGGCUGGUUUUUAAAGGCAUGAGACACAGAGGAAUGAAAAUUAAAAUUCAAUGUAACUAAGAGAGAAUAGCAAGAGUAGCAAGUGUAGCUAGCUUUACAAAGGUCGAGAUAUUAAUUUGUAAAAUAUAUACAAUAAAAAGAAAAAAGAAAAAAGGAGGGGGGGGGGAGGUACGAAAAGAUGAAGCAUAGAAGAAGAAAGAAAGCUCCAAUCUACUUCAA